AUGGUGCUUGGAGAUGGCCUACGGCUUGGAGGGAUCUUUUUCCUGUUCUUAUUCAAACUUGAUCAAGUUCUUUUGGAUCCCUUGAAAAAUGAUAGGCUGUUAUGGAAGGAUGGGAAUGAUCUUAAUGGGUUUUCAUCUUCUGGGGUUUGGCACUCGUUGCGACACAAAGAGCCGGAAGUGAAUUGGUGUAGUAUCGUGUGGUUCGCCCAAUGUAUUCCGAGGCACGCCUUCAUGAUGUGGUUGAUUAUGAAACGUAAGCUCCUUACGCAGGAUAAAAUUCUGCAAUGGGAUCUUUCUCGUAGAAAAAACAUGAACAUGAUGUGCUGUUUAUUGUGCUUUGAGGAUUUCGAUUCUCACCCUCACCUGUUCUUUGAAUGCAAGUACUCUUCUCAGGUGUGGACUCAAAUUCGAGAUCGAGGAGGGAUGAACUCGGUUUGCCCGAGAUGGUCGGAGAUUGUUAAUUGGCUCUGUGCUCGAGCUUAUCAUAAGAGGGCUGAUACUUAUGUUGCUAAGCUUCUUGUUGCGGCUACUGCAUACAAUAUUUGGCUAGAGAGGAAUGCAAGGUUGUUUAAAAAUCAAUUAAGACCUCCGGAGACUGUUAGUGAUAUUAUUAUAAAAACAGUGCGAUACAAGUUGAUGGGAGCAAAACUGAAGGAUACCAUAAGGGUGCGGAAGGUUCUUGAAGAAUGGGAUAUCCAUGCGCAUAAAGACGGCGACGAUGGGGGCUGA